UUAAUCGAGAGAGAAAGAGAGAGAGAGAGAGAGAGAGAGAGAGAGAAAUGGAGGCCAAGGAAGCCGGAUCUUCGCUGGAUUCACUGAUUUCUACCUUCAACAAUCGUAUCAGCGAGUUGCAGGAACUCGUCAUCGCCAGAAACAUGUAUCCGGCGAGUAGUAUCCCCGAUUUAUCGGCGAUCGAUACGGCGUUGAAGGCCAUGGAGCUCCAGGUGCAGUCGAUCAAGGACCGAUUGCGCGAAGAGACUGAUGCAAUUCCCAAAGCCAAGAAACUUAUAGAGGCGUCCCUGCAACAGCAAAAGAAAUUGCAGAAGAUGUCUGUUUACGCACUUUCUCAUCUUCCUGACAGAACGACGAUGUUGAAUUCAGAUGUCAAUAGAAGUUUGCUACAAGAAAACGCCAUGCGACAAGAGCGGAGUUCUGGUUUCAACUCUUUGAAAGUCCAGGAGGAAGCUGUUGUGUUACCCAAGGAGAAAAAGGGGCGUGGGUCUCCUCCUCUCUGGUUCAUUACUGCAGAGGAACUUGGAUCCCUCUCUUCGUACAUGAGAGGAAGGCUAACACUGGAGAAGGUUAAUGCGGCUAUCAGUGAUAUGGCUUCAUACGCUGAAGCAAAUGCUCAGCUUAUUGUGGCCCCAAAGAAGAAGCUGGCAGAAAAUCUCUGGGAAAGAGCACUGGAACUCCGCGAUAUCGGAGCAACAGAAACAGUUAAGGGGAAAUUCUUCUUCCUUGAAUCUGACAUGAAAGGACCCGUGUUGAAACUGGACAACACUGGAAAAGCAAUAGUAACAGUUCUUCGUCACCUUGGUCGCAUCAGUGAGGCUCGCGUUGGUCAUCAACGUGUAAUCAUACUUGUGAAGCCCCACUAGAACCUGCCUUCACUGCCUUCUGCAUCUCAGGAAUCAGCCUAUGGAGCCGUAUCCUGUGCAUUCAAACAAGUGAAAAAAAAAUACGACUUUUUCUUACACAUUGCAGAAUGUCCCAAACUGACAUCCCUUUGCAAGUUGCAAGGACCAGUUGGUGAAGAGUUUUGUUGUCCCAUUCAGUAUCUGAGAUAUUACAACAUUUUAUGCACAUCAUAACCUUCUUCUAUAUAAAUGAUAUUGCAAUCUUGUGCAUAUCAUAACCUUCUUUCUUCUCAAUUGUAAUAUCCGCUGACUGUCCUAAAGCCCCUAAAAUACCGAAGAUCCCCCAAAAGGUCUCGCCCGUUAUUCCAAAUUGCCCGAGCGAUACCCUUAAGCUCGGUCUGUGUGGUGAUUUGUUGAAUGGAUUGGUUAGCCUUUGUUGUAGGCAAGUACUUCUGCUGAUGUUGAAGCUGGCUACUUGGUCUC